GAUGGGGACAGAGCCUGGGGAAGCAGAGGGGACAGCGCCAUCGAGGACAGAGCCCGGAGAGGCGGUGGGACAGGCGGCCACAGAGGGGACAGAGCCCGAGGACGCUGUGGCGACAGCCCCGUCCGGGACAGAUCCCGAGGAAGCUCCGAGGGAGGCGGCCCCGACGGGGACAGUCCCUGAAGAUGCGGUGCAAGAGGCAGCCCCGACGGGGACAGAGCCCGAGGAGGCCGUGGGGACAGCUCCAGAGGGGACAGUCCCCGAGGAUGAGGUGCAGGAGGCAGCCCCGGCUGAUGUGACAAUUCCCGAGGAUGAGGUGCAGGAGGCAGCCCCGGCUGAUGUGACAAUUCCCGAGGAUGAGGUGCAGGAGGCAGCCCCGGCUGGGACAGUCCCCCAGGAGGCGCUGGGGACAGCCGCCGAGGAUGCGGUGCAGGAGGCAGCCCCAUCUGAUGUGGCAGUCCCUGAGGGUGAGGUGCAGGAGGCAGCCCCGGCUGCUGGGACAGUCCCCGAAGAGGCGUUGGGGACAGUCCCGAAGGAUGAGCCGCAGGAAGCAGCUCAGGCAGGGACAGUUCCCGAGGAGGGGGCGGCCCCGCUGGGGACAGUCCCCAAGGGUGAGGCGCAGGAGGCAGCCCAGGCAGGGACAGUCCCCGAGGAUGCGGUGCAGGAGAGAGCUCCAGCAGGGACAGUGCCUAAGGAUGAGGGGCAGGAAGAAGCCCCGGCAGGGACAGUCACCCAGGAGGCGUUGGGGACAAUCCCCAAGGAUGAGGUGCAGGAGGCAGCCCCGGGUGAUGUGACAGUCCCCGAGGAUGCGGUGCAGGAGGCAGUCCCGGUUUCUGGGACAGUCACGGAGGAGGUGCUGGGGACAAUUCCCAAGGAUGCGGUGCAGGACACAGCUCCAGCAGGGACGGUCCCCAAGGAUGAAGAGCAGGAGGCAGCUCCGGUUGAUGUGACAAUUCCCAAGGAUGAGGUGCAGGAGACAGCCCCAGAUGAUGUGACAGUCACUGAGGAUGCUGUGCCGGAUGAUGUGACAGUCCCCAAGGAUGCUGUCUUGGGUGAUGUGACAGUCCCUGAGGACACGGUCCCAGGUGAUGUGACAGUCCCCGAAGAUGCUGUCCCAGCUGAUGUGACAGUCCCCAAGGAUGCUGUCCCAGCAGGGACGGUCCCCGCGGAUGCUGUCCCAGAUGAUGUGACAGUCCCCGAAGAUGCUGUCCCAGGUGAUGUGACAGUCCCCGAGGAUGCUGUCCCAGCUGAUGUGACAGUCCCCGAAAAUGCUGUCCCUGGUGAUGUGACAGUCCCCAAGGAUGCUGUCCCAGCAGGGACGGUCCCCGCGGAUGCUGUCCCAGCAGGGACGGUCCCCGCGGAUGCUGUCCCAGAUGAUGUGACAGUCCCCGAAGAUGCUGUCCCAGCUGAUGUGAUCCCCGCGGAUGCUGUCCCGGGUGAUGUGACAGUCCCUAAGGAUGCUGUCCCAGAUGAUGUGAUCCCCGCGGAUGCUGUCCCAGCAGGGACGGUCCCCGCGGAGGGCAGCGCGGACGCUCCCCAGAGCCGCGGGGCCCUGCCCGGCUGUCCCCGGGCCCCGGGCGGCCCCGGUGCCGAGGCCGAGGCGGAGGCGGAGCGGGCACCGCCAGCCCCGGCGGGGAGCGGAGCCCCGGGCCCCGAGAGCGGCUGGGAUCGGAGCCUGAACGGGGAGCGGGAGCGGGAGCAGCUCCGGGAGGACGGCACGGGCUCGCCGGGCGCCCCGGAGGAGGAGGAGGAGGAGGAGGAGCAGGACCACGACAUCUCCCUCUUCGUCAAGGCUGGCAGUGAUGGGGAAAGCAUCGGGAACUGCCCGUUCUCUCAGCGCCUCUUCAUGAUCCUGUGGCUCAAAGGUGUCAUUUUUAAUGUCACAACCGUGGAUCUGAAAAGAAAACCUGCAGACCUGCAGAACCUGGCCCCAGGCACCAACCCGCCGUUCAUGACCUUCGAUGGGGAGGUGAAGACUGACGUGAACAAGAUCGAGGAGUUCCUGGAGGAGAAGCUGGCGCCGCCCCGGUACCCCAAACUUGCACCGAAGCACCCCGAGUCGAACUCUGCAGGAAACGAUGUCUUUGCAAAAUUCUCUGCAUUUAUAAAGAACCCGAGAAAAGAUGCAAAUGAAAAUUUGGAAAAAUCUUUGCUUAAAGCCCUGAAGAAGCUGGACAACUAUUUAAAUAGCCCCCUGCCAGAUGAAAUCGAUGCUUACAGCAGGGAGGAGAUCGCUGCUUCCAGCCGGAAAUUCCUGGAUGGGGAUGAGCUCACUUUAGCUGAUUGCAACCUCCUGCCAAAGCUCCACAUCAUCAAGGUCGUUGCAAAAAAAUACCGAAAUUUUCACUUCCCACCUGAAAUGACAGGGAUUUCCAGAUACUUGAAAAAUGCAUAUGCAAGAGAUGAAUUCACAAACACGUGCCCUGCUGACCAGGAGAUUGAAUAUGCUUACUUGGAUGUGGCAAAGAGAAUGAAGUAACCUGAAGAUGCCUCUGUUUAUUGCUUCUGUGAUGGACAACAGCCAAGCUGGAAAAGCAAAAACCAGCAGAGAUUCUGCAGUGUGAUUUUAAGUUCUGCUAUUGGCCAAUCCUUUUCUAAUGAUUGUAUUGCAUUAUUUACUCCUUCUUAAAUUAAGUGUGUGUUUGUGUUUGUGUGUCUUGCACGCUGCAAAGUCGGUUGUCCAUUCCAAGGG